AUUUCCCAUGAGCACCCGCGCCUGCUGGAGUUAAAACUACAAAGAUCAACAUGGCGGCAAUCGGACUGUUCCUGAAGAACUUCUGGAAUAAAGAGCCCAUUGUCUUGAUCGCCGGUACUAUUGCAGCGUGUGGGGUGGUUCUUCCAUUCAUCAGCCCAUACAGCAAGUAUUCGACAAUGAUAAAUUCAGCUGUGCCGUACAACUACCCAGUCCCUGUGCGAGAUGAUGGAAACAUGCCUGAUGUCCCUGCUCAUCCGUCUGAACCAAAAGGACCAAGCUUGGAAUGGUUUAAGAAUUUUUAACUUCACAUUCGCACGAUAAAAGCGAAUGAUGUUCCCUUUGUUCACCCGAGUCUGCAGAGCUGCUCCCCGUAUCAAUGUACUGCAAUAAAGAUUAAUUUAAUUCUA